AAACGUACUCAUAUAUAUAUAUAUAUAUAUAUAUAUAUUACGAACUUGAAUAAUAAUACUGCUUGUGCAAACUUUCUAUCCAUAAAUAUCUGAGAUAUUUACGCAUAAAAAAAGACACCUAUACUAUUAUUUUCAUAUACAUGACAUUACGAAAUAAAUCCAAAAGAUCUCGUCAAAUAGUAAGCGAGUUGUCGCAAAUGUUCCAUUCGUCGCGUAGCAAAGAUGCUUGCUCCGAAAACUUUGAUAAAGCUGUUAGAUCUUCUCGACGAGGAAAAUCUGGACACCAGCCUGGAAAGUCUCUGCAAUCAGCUGCACCAAAGCUUUUCUAAGGAAGAUCGCUUCAAGGUUGGAACAGUAGUAUUGCUACAGUUACAGCAUGUUGAUUUGUUGCCAAAGCAUGUUCAACGUGUCAUAGCGUUAACACUGCUGUUCGAUCUGUAUAAAGGAGAACCAUUAGCUUCCACGCCUUUCGCCAGUGUAUUCGUGCAGGUUCUAAAGCAAGAAGACACUAAUAAUGGAAAUUCAAAACUGCCCAAUCACACAGGUCAUAUACCAUUUCUAUCUCAUUGCGAGAAGAAUUUGUUGGUUAAUUUACUGGGAUACAAUCAUAAGGACAUUAUAAAGAAAACACCUCGUCAGAUUGUAGACGAAUUUUCCUUUGUCUCUGUGCCAUCUAUCAAUUUAACUAACUUACAAUUGCAAUUGGUGGAACAUCAAUCCGAACUACCCUCUGUUAGUAAAUGCGGGAAUCCUGUUAUUCUACCCGAUAUAGAUCAUUCUAAAGAGACAGAAUUUGAUGAAAAGACUGUGAGAAAUAUAACGGAAAGCCUUACUGUCGGUGAUCCGCCUUUAUGCAGACAAAGCUAUCGUCCUGAAUUUUUGAGGCUAGUGCCACCUCUUUAUCAUUCCAUCAAUGAAAUAGCUUGGUUCAAUGUCACGGAACCGACGCAAUUUACAAUUGAAUAUGAUACUAGCAUGUGUGUGUCGAACUGCGCUGGUGCAGAAGCUCGUAAACUAAUGGGCAAGGCUUUCAAGGGUGUACUAACAUUGCCGCAACAGCAACAUCUGGUCAAUGAAUUGGAGAACGAUCCGAAGCUCGUUUAUCAUAUUGGACUUACACCCUGCAAAUUACCAGAUUUAGUUGAGAAUAAUCCUCUAAUUGCCAUUGAAGUUUUAUUAAAAUUGAUGCAAUCUAGCCAAAUCACCGAAUAUUUCAGCGUCUUAGUAAACAUGGAAAUGUCCCUUCAUUCUAUGGAAGUUGUAAAUAGAUUAACCACCACGGUGGAUCUACCAACGGAAUUUGUACAUUUAUAUGUCAGCAAUUGUAUAUCCACUUGCGAAACUAUUAAGGAUCGUUAUAUGCAAAGCCGGUUGGUACGACUCGUUUGUGUGUUUUUACAAUCCUUGAUAAGGAACAAGAUCAUAAAUGUACAAGAACUGUUUAUUGAAGUCCAAGCAUUUUGUAUUGAAUUUAGUCGAAUCAGAGAAGCUGCUGCAUUAUUCCGACUCCUAAAACAACUUGAAUCCGGUGAUACUGGUGGACUUAAUGCUUCAUCUACAAAAAAUAAAAUAGAUAUGUAUUAAUAUAUUAUCAUGCUUAUAAAUACCAUCUAGAGCAUAUAUAUCAUCAACAAAUUAUUAUUAGCUAAUUAUUUAAUUGUAUAUCAUAUUAUAUUUAUGUAUUAUAUUCUCUUUUACAUGGCAUCUAACUAGAUUGAAUAUAAGAUGAUAAUAUUAUGAAUUAAAUCAAAACACACUCAAGUAUAAUAAAUAUUUUUUUAAAUUUAUAUAUAUGUGUAUGUAUAUAUAAAUUUUAUAAAGAAAAGAAAAAAUGAUUUAAAUAUCAUAUACUUAUAUAAGUAGAGAUUAAAUUCGUUAUAUAUAUAAAACAUUGGGAAUAAUAUAUUUCAAUUUUUGAAUGUGUUUCUAAUCUAGAAUUUACAAUAUUUCUGUAUUCAUAACAUACAUACUAGCAUGUAAUAAAACAAAUAAAUGCCUUGCUUAUGUCAAUAAUGAUAAUUUAUUUAAAUUAUUAAAAUUUUUUUCACAUUCAUAUCUAUUGUAUCUCAAAUUUUACAAGUACAAAACAGAAGAUUACAAUAAUAUUGCAAUCAAUACAAUUUUGCGUUUCAUAUACAUUCUAUAAAUAUUUUAUUUAUUAAUAUAUGUACAAUUCAUAAUAUUGAUCGGUUUGCGAUAAGCUUCUAUUUUAAUAUAUGUUUACAAUUUGCGUUGUAGGAAAAAAUAUAUAAUUGGAUAAAUUUCUAACAUAUACAUGUUCAAAUACAGAUUUUAUGUAACAAAUUGUAAUUACAAAUAUCCAUAAUCUGUUAUAAUUAGAUCGAUAUAAUUAAUAUAGAUAUUUAUGAUCCCAAUUGAUCAAACAAAAAGAAUUUAGGAUAAAUUAUAUUAGAUUGUAAUUGAUGGAGGCGUUUGUCUUAUUGUUAUUAAUUUAACUAAUAAUUUUGUUUAUUAUCCAAUGUAUUUCUCAUCAGUUGUACCAUUUAUAAAUAUUAUGAAUACAUCUCACGAGGAACAUUCACAAAGUGUUGCGUCUAUUUUCGAAAAAUGUAUUAUUUUUAAGAGGUGCUAGCCGAGACAAGUUCAACAAUGUAACGUUGCCGUUCCAAAUGAGAUGUGCCAAAAAUUAAAGAUCGAAUUUUGAGCGAAAUAUGAAAAAUAUAAAUUAUGAUUUUACUACUGAAUGCCNNAUGCCGAGUUUUUUCUUUUGAUUUAAAGUUUUGAAUACGCGUACUUUUUUGCUAAAAGUGCAUCCCAAGAGUAGUAUACUUUAUUCAUUACCUAUGUUCAUUCUUGUCUAGUCUUGUAAUGGCCUAGUCAAUGCGUUAAACAUUCCAAUAUUAUAUAAUAUAUAAUAAUUUCUUUUAUUUUGUCACACUCUUGCUAUGUUUAUAUCGAGAUGUCUAUUCUAAUUGUGUAUUGUAUGUGCUCUAUUUUUAAAUCAGCUUCUUACAUUUUGAUAACAAUUUUUUUUCUAUAGAUCCAUAUUUAGCCCAAAAUGCGAUCAUCGAUUUUUCGCACAUCUUAUGUGGGACAGUAAUAUUAUAUAAUUGUUGGACUUGUCUCAAUUAUAGCAUUUGUCACAAAUACAUACAUCCUUCGAAAGUAGAUAUAAAACUUUGUGAUCCCUUAUCAGAAUUAAACAAUAUUUAACAUCUUAUACAUGCAACAUAAUUAACAUAUAUAUAAUUAGAGUAUAAUUAUAAUAGUAGAGUACAAUUAUAAUAAUAAACACACACACACACAUACUAUAAUUAUAGUGCUAUAAGUAUAAUUACUAUAAUUAUAUUAAUAUAUAAAUUAAAAAUAAAAUCACAGCAUUACACAAUAAAGUCGCUAUUAAAAUGUUUCAUCAUUUAUUUUAUCUGCAAACUAUUGUAUACCUCUCAUCAGUAAUCAUAUAUUUACAUUAAAAAAAAAGAGAGAAAAUAUAUAAUUAUCUAUGUUAUCCAUGAUGACUAAUAUGGUUUUUACACGUUAUAAAUUUACAUAACAUAUAUGCAUUAAAAAUAGAUAUAAUUUUACUUUUUUUUUUU